GGGGGAAGGAGGAGGGGCGAGGUGACGCAGGCGUAAUAAUAGAGAAGGUGCCAGAAAGAUCCAAAACAAGUGGCUGCGGCCGUCGCCCAGGAGUUGUCAGACGCCGGAACCCGGCCUUGGUUCUGAGCUUGUACCGCCCCCCCUCCCCCGGGUAUGGCGCUGUCCGGGUUGACCCUGGCCCCGAGCUGGGAGGAGGAUGAAUGUCUGGACUACUACGGGAUGCUGUCGCUUCACCGUAUGUUCGAGGUGGUGGGCGGACAACUGACCGAGUGCGAGCUGGAGCUGCUGGCCUUCCUGCUCGACGAGGCUCCCGGCGCGGCCGGCGGUCUGGCUCGCGCCCGAAGCGGCCUGGAGCUGCUGCUGGAGCUGGAGCGCCGCGGUCAGUGCGAUGAGAGCAACCUUCGGCUGCUGGGGCAACUCCUGCGGGUGCUGGCGCGCCACGACCUGCUGCCGCACCUGGCGCGCAAGCGGCGCCGGCCAGUGUCUCCGGAACGUUACAACUAUGGCACCUCCAGCUCUUCCUCGAAGAGGACAGAAGGCAGCCGCCGCCGCCGUCGCCGGUCAAGCAGUACCUCAAAUGCCCAGCAGGGUCAGUGGGAGACAGGUUCCCCACCGACCAAGCGGCAGCGGCGGAGCCGGGGCCGGCCCAGCAGUGGUGCCCGGCGGCGGCGCAGAGGGGCCCCGACCACCCCCCCGCAGCAGCAGGAGCCAGCCAGACCUGCCUCUGAAGGCAAAGUGACCUGUGACAUCCGGCUCAGGGUGCGAGCAGAGUACUGUGAGCACGGGCCCGCCUUGGAGCAGGGCGUGGCAUCCCGGCGACCCCAGGCGCUGGCCCGGCAGCUGGACGUGUUUGGGCAGGCCACCGCAGUGCUGCGCUCCCGGGACCUGGGCUCCGUGGUGUGUGACAUCAAGUUCUCGGAGCUCUCCUAUCUGGACGCCUUCUGGGGUGAUUACCUUAGUGGCGCCUUGCUGCAGGCCCUGCGGGGCGUGUUCCUGACUGAGGCCCUUCGUGAGGCCGUGGGCCGGGAGGCUGUCCGCCUGCUGGUCAGUGUGGACGAGGCCGACUAUGAGGCCGGACGGCGCCGACUGCUGCUGAUGGAGGAGGAGGGAGGACGGCGCCCUACUGAGGCCUCUUGAUCCUGGACCUGGCAGGACUGAACCCACCUCCUAGUCUCCGGGCCACUUUCUCCCCUGGAGGACAUCCAUAUUUGCCCCUAGAGGACUGUCACUGCAGCAGCUCUGAGGACUGGGACACGUGGCCUGGCCCCUUGACAGCCUCUCCCACAGGAUGUGGGCUCUGAGGCCUAAACCACUUCCACCUGAGUUUUCUUCCCAGCCUUCCCCCAGCCCUACCCCCAAGUGUGUUCCCUCAGCUUCAGGAGGCCAGGGGCACAGGCAUGCAGAUCGGAAAGGGAGGGAGGCAUACCUACACAGUCACCAAAGGCCCCCCGCACACCAUGUCCGUGACCCUGGGCUUUGUGCACACGUGCUCACUGCCCCCUCUGGAAUCUCCCCUGACUGCCCUGGCCUGCUCCACACGUCUUUGGCCCAAGGGCUUCUCUCUCAGGAUCUCUGAUUUUACUGCCCCCAACCCUGGACUCCGGCUAUGCUGGACCCUGGGGCUAGGGUGCACACGGGGCCUGCUCAUCUUGCCCUCACAUCUCUGCAGCUGGCCAGGGCUCUGCCCAGCCUCCAUACACAGACCUGGCUCUCCACAUUCUCCUCCCCAGAGUUGGCCGCAGACUGGCAUGUGGACCUGCACCUGGCAUGUCACACCGCAGUGCAGCAGCAUUAGACCCAAGUGUGUUGUUACCGAUGGGGCCAGGAUCAGAAACCAUCUUCCUUCUCAGAAAGGGAAGGCAACGGCUUGGGGCUGAUAGGAAAGGCCUUUUACAAAUGGCGCCAAUAAAACUGCCCUGGAUCGGGGCUUAGGGUGGGCA